AGUUCUCGCGUAGAGGGUGUGUAGUAAGUCUUUCUGGAGCAAAGCAUCACACAUACGUAAACAAAUAUAUGUUUGUGGUUUUCUCUGACUUGCGGGCGGGUGAUGCUUCGUGGCAACAAGAUAAUAGAUAGGCGACAAAGGUAUGACAAAUCCACGUCGAAUGCUGGAUAGUGUUGUUUAAAAACCAAAGAGAGCGACAUGGACUCUGGCGAUUCAGCAGCAGCUGCUUGUCAGCGAAAAGUUGCGCUGAUAACCGGCAUUACAGGACAGGAUGGGUCAUACCUUGCUGAAUUUCUGCUUGCCAAGAAUUAUGAAGUACAUGGGAUUAUUCGUCGGGCAAGUACAUUCAAUACUGCCCGAAUACAACAUUUGUAUGCGGAUCCAAAAUCUCACAAACAAGGAAAAAUGAAAUUACAUUAUGGAGAUAUGACUGAUAGCAGUUGCCUUGUGAAAAUAAUUAGUUCUGUGAGACCAAGUGAAAUCUAUAACCUAGCUGCACAGAGUCAUGUGAAGGUCUCAUUUGAUCUGAGUGAGUACACAGCUGAAGUUGAUGCUUUAGGAACAUUGCGUCUUCUUGAUGCAAUCCGGACAUGUGGGUUAGAAAAGGCUGUCAGGUUUUAUCAGGCUUCAACUUCAGAACUGUAUGGAAAGGUACAUGAAAUUCCACAAAAAGAAACAACACCUUUUUAUCCUAGAUCUCCAUAUGCAUGUGCUAAGCUGUAUGGCUACUGGAUUGUUGUGAACUACAGGGAAGCUUAUAAAAUGUUUGCAUGUAAUGGCAUAUUGUUCAAUCAUGAGAGCCCGAGAAGAGGUGAAAAUUUUGUGACAAGAAAAAUUACACGUUCAGUUGCAAAAAUUCAUCUUGGGCAGAUGGAGUGUGUUGAACUGGGAAAUCUUGAUUCAAAGAGAGAUUGGGGCCAUGCGAAAGAUUAUGUGGAGGCUAUGUGGCUUAUGUUACAACAAAAUGAACCUGAGGACUAUGUAAUUGCUACUGGGGAGACACACAGUGUCAGAGAAUUUGUAGAAGCUGCUUUCAAUCAUGUUGGUAAAGAAAUUGUUUGGGAAGGAAAAGGAGAAAAUGAAGUAGGCCGCGAGAAGGACACUGGUGUUAUAAGAGUGAAAGUUAAUCCAAAAUACUUCCGCCCUACAGAAGUGGAUUUACUCCUUGGUGACCCUAGUAAAGCUCGAGAGAAAUUUGGUUGGAAGCCAAAAGUCACUUUCAAAGAACUUGUUAAGGAUAUGAUGGAGGCAGACAUAGAGCUGAUGAAGAAAAAUCCUGCUGCAUAAAUUUUGAAUCAGCUCAACAGUUGUGCACCUUAAGUAAUCUGCCUAUGUCACUCACUUUUUUUGAAAGAAAAGUGAGAGCUUGUUUGUGUAUAUUUUGUAAUACACAUCUUCCAGCACCAUUGGCCAAGACCAA